AUUGUUGGCUGUGGCAGCGCAGACAGUGUGACUGAGGCUCCACUGUGAUGAGUUUAAGCAUCAGAGUCAUCAGCUGUUGAUACAGCCGGAGUGUGUGAGAACAGAGAGAGAGAAGAGAGAGAAGAGAAGAGAGAAGAAGCAGAGCGAGGAGCUGAAAGGAUAACACUAUGCUGUGCUGUAUCAGGAGAACUAAACCGGUUGAGAAGAACGAAGAGGCCGAUCAGGAGAUCAAGCAGGAUGGAACCAAACUAGAAGAGAAUGCCCAAAAGGCCGCCACCAAGAUCCAGGCCAGCUUCCGCGGACACGUCACCCGGAAAAAGAUGAAGGAUGGAGAGAAAGACGAGGAGAAUGAUGCUGCUCCAGACGAGUCUGCUGAGACCGAAGAGGAAAAGAAGGAGCAAAUCUCUCCAACGGAGGAGAAACCAACUGAGGUUUCUACAGAAACAGCAGAAGAGAGCAAACCGGUCGAGCAGCCCAACUCGCCCGCCGCUGAAGCCACGCCCACCACCACCACUAACUCCGCCCCCUCGGACACACCCACUAAAGAGGAGCUCCAGGAGCAGCUGCAGGAGGUGGAGAAACCGAAAGAGGUGGAGAACACAGCGGCCGAGAACCCCAACCACGAUGUAAACACAGAGGAGAAGGAGAAGAAAGAGGAGGAGAAGGAGGAAGCCAAACAAGCUGAUGUGCCUGACGCCGCUGAGAGCCAGGAGACAGACCAAAUAGACAAAAAAGAGGCCGUCGAAGACUCCAAACCAGCAGAAGAGGCCGUUUCAGACGAGAAAGUUUAACAGAUGACCAGUGAAAUGUAAAAUCCUAAGUAACCAACAGACUGCUCUUAAUAAUGAAGACGGUCUGUUUUUAUGUAUGUCCGCUCUUUUUUGGUGUGGCAAAGAUUUUCUGACGUGUGGAGGGAGUUUUCUAGUGCAGAUCGAUCGCAGACGGACACAAGCCUCCAUCUGUCCGGCUCUUUUACACUCGGGAUCGGCUCUUCUCAUCGCAUGAGGAUUCUUCCUUUCAGAGACGAGAACCUUCUCACACGCACCCAACUAAUACAUGUGGCUUCUUUUAAUGUCCUUGGUGUUGUUAUCAGCGUUUAAUUGGAGAUAUUGCUGCACUGAUGUUAAAAAUCAAGAAAUCCAACAAAAAGAAAACACAUCAGCCUUUCUGUUCAAGUGAGUUUGAAUCUAAGGAGUAAAAUCGGAAAAUGGUUUCAUGUCUGUUUUCAAAGUAAAGAAUUGUGCCAAUUA